GAGUCAACCUGUUGGUCUAGUGUUAAAAAUAAUAAUACUGUCACACGACCUAAUCAUUUAUUAAAUAUUAAAUUUAUGAGUAAAAAAAAAAUAUUUAAAUAAAUGUCAAUAUAUAAAAUUGAUUGGUUGAGUGAUUGUCAAUGAUUAGAGUCAGUUGAAAAAAAAAAAAAAAAAAAAAAGGAAAAAGUCAGUUUGAGACGAAAUUAUAAAUAAAAUAAAUCAUAAAACAUUAAUAAAAGCCGGUGUAUAUUUGAUUAACUGUCAUCAUAUGGGAUUCAACAAAAUGAAAAUAAUUAUUAAAUUGUUUGGCUAAUUAUUUAAACAAUGGAUCCAUAAAUAAUGAUGAUAAUAUAAUUGAGCUGAGAUUUGAUUAUAAAAUGAUUCUACGAAAAUAAUUAUUCAAUAAAUUUAUCAUUAUUAAAAUUAAAUAAAUAAGCUAAUUUUGUUUGUAAAAAAAAAGCAUAAUUAAAACAACAACAACAAAAAAUGGGAUUUGACGUGCACAGAUUUCAGGGUGAAGUUGAUGAAGAAUUAGUAUGUCCAAUUUGUUCAGGAGUACUUGAAGAUCCAGUUCAGGCUCAAGUUUGUGAACAUGCAUUCUGUCGUGCUUGUAUAAAUGAAUGGAUAAAUCGUCAGCCAACAUGUCCAUUGGAUAGAACACCAAUAACAUCAGCUCAAUUACGUCCAGUUCCACGUAUAUUACGUAAUUUAUUAGCUCGUUUAUCAAUAAGUUGUGACAAUAUGAUUUAUGGCUGUCAAAUAGUUAUUAAACUUGAUAAUCUUGUUGCACAUUUAAAAGAAUGUGAUUAUAAUCCAAAGAGACCAGUAUCAUGUGAACAAGGUUGUGGUUUAAUAAUACCAAAAGAUGAAUUAAAAGAUCAUAAUUGUGUACGAGAAUUACGUACAUUAAUACAAUCACAACAUCAAAAAUUAAGUGAUAUGAAACGUGAAAUUGGUGAACAACAAUUUCAAAUAAAUGAACAAAGACGUGAAAUUAAUUUAUUAAAAGAUUUUAUGAGAGCUAUGAGAGUAUCAAAUCCAGCAAUGAGAGCACUUGCUGAUCAAAUGGAGCGUGAUGAAGUUAUAAGAUGGUCAGCAACAUUACCACGAGCAAGAGUUACAAGAUGGGGUGGAAUGAUAUCAACACCAGAUGAAUUACUUCAGACAAUGAUUAAGAGAACUUUAUCCGAGUAUCAUUGUCCACCACAUGUUAUUGAUGAAUUAAUGGAAAAUUGUCAUGAACGUAAAUGGCCACCUGGUUUAAAUUCACUUGAAACACGACAAAAUUCAAGACGUCAAUAUGAAAGUUAUGUAUGUAAACGAGUACCAGGAAAACAAGCUGUUUUAGUACUUUAUUGUGACAAUGUACAUAUGUCUGAGGACAUGAUGGUUGAGCCAGGUCUUGUUAUGAUAUUUGCUCAUGGCAUUGAAUAGCAAAUAGCAAUUACAACUUAAAAUUAUUUACAAUUUCAAUUAAAUAUUUAAAAAAAAAAAAUAUAAUUAUUAUUGGCAAAUUUAACUUAAGACAGGUGAUAUAAAUUUAUAAGUUAGUCAUUUCAUUUUUUUUUUUUCUUUUUUUGUUACUUUGAUGACAGGUUUUUAUCAUAUGCAAUACUGUUCCAUGGUUAUUAUUAUUAAAAAAGACUGUGAUAUCCUCCCAACCUUCUUUGGUGUUGCUAUGUGGAUAUUUUUUUUUCUGUUAAUUUUCAUAAAUAAUUGCAAUAAUAAGUAAUAUAAGCCAAGUGACAACAAAACAAUAUUUUUUUAAUUUUUAACAACAAGGCUAUAAAUAUUAUUACUAUGAAUAUUUUGUAUUUAUUAAAAAUUGUCUUUAACAAAUGAAAAAAAAACAAAACGAAAAUAAAAUAUUCAUUAAUGUUUAAUAAUAAUUAUUAUAAUAAUAAUAUAACAUCAAUUUUGAUAAUAUAGUUUAAAGAAAAAUAAAACAAACAAAAUAAAUAAUUUUUCAAAUAAUA